AUGGCUUUAAGCCUGCCGGCACGCGCUGCACAGACGCUGUGGUUUUUCGUACAGUUGCUGACUUUUCCGGUCUUGCAGUACUCCUCAUCCGCUCCACCUGCCGCUGCGCUGGGCUUCUUUUUCUCUGCUCCGAUGCCAACCUGCGUUCCUUCCUUCGCGCGAAGACUCAGUUCCUGCCUGCGUUUGUGUGCUCCAGCGCGCAGCGGAGGCAGUGUGAGCCGUCGAGGCAGUUUCAGUCUAUCUCACACGCUGUCGCAGCCUGCGAAGACGUUCCCCUGCUUCGCCGGCAGAUCGCGCUCAACGGCGUCGCUCACUACCAGAAUGGCUUCUCCUGAGUCCGGCGCUUCGCCGCCUUCUGCGUCCGCGGAUGCAGCGCAGGCAGCCCCGCGCGAGGUCGAUGUGAAGAGGGACGUCGUGCCUUUUCCAGGGGCGAAGACCGAAGAACAAUGGAAGAGCCUCCUCACCCCUGAGCAAUUUCGCGUGUUGCGCAUGAAAGGAACUGAGGCGCCCCAUACAGGCUACUACAACCGUUUUUUUUCCGAAGACUGGGUUCUUUGCAUGCGCCGCGUGCAGCCACCCGCUCUACCCUGCGAAGGCGAAGUUUGGUUCGGGCUGCGGCUGGCCUGCGUUCGAUCGUUUCUUUAA